GAUUCCACGUCAAAGCUUGAGUGCGAACAUGAGUAUAUAGUAGUGAUUCAUUCCUUAUGUCUACCAUUCCUAUGCCCCAAUCCUGUUCUUUCAUGCAUUUUAUCUUUCCAUACAAAUAAAAUGUAUUUUUCCUCUUUUGUCCUUCUGGCAUUGUCCACCCCCAUCCACGCCGCAGCAGGUGAUGGAGAUUGGAAUGCUGCAUAUACCAAAGCUAAAACAACUUUGGCCAAACUCACGAAUGCAAAUAAAGUCACGCUAGUUACAGGCGUUGGAUGGGAGAAGGGGCCAUGCGUUGGCAAUACCGCUGCUAUUCCUUCGAUUGGAUGGCCGGCUUUCUGUUUACAGGAUGGUCCUUUGGGAGUUCGAUAUGCUCAAAAAGUAACGGCGUUUCCUGCGGGGAUUACUACAGGUAGCACUUGGGAUACAGAGCUGAUGUAUGCGAGGGGUAAUGCUCUAGGAGCCGAAGCCAAAGCACUCGGUGUUCAUAAUCAGUUAGGUCCUGUGGCUGGACCUUUGGGGAAAAUUCCAGUGGCGGGGAGGAAUUGGGAAGGAUUUAGCAAUGAUCCUUAUCUUUCUGGUGUUGCCAUGGCGAAUACGGUAGAGGGCAUGCAAGCAGCAGGUGUCCAAGCAUGCGCGAAGCAUUACCUUGGGAAUGAACAGGAAUUCAAUCGAGGAACAAUGAGUUCGAAUAUUGUCGAUAGAGUUAAUCACGAGUUAUAUCUUUGGCCCUUUGCCGAAGCAGUCAAGGCAAACGUCGCGUCAGUAAUGUGUUCAUACAACAGAUUUAACAGCACGUACGCUUGUGAAAAUCAAGCUUUACUUACAGGACUAUUGAAAAACGAGUUGGAUUUUCAAGGCUACGUUGUUAGUGACUGGGCAGCGCAGAAAACUACAACAGGCAGCGCAAAUGCAGGAAUGGAUAUGGCUAUGCCAGGAGAUAAUUUUGGCGACAAUAAUUUUAUAUGGGGAACUAAUCUUCUGAAUGCCGUUACUGCUGGUACUGUUCCCCAAACCCGUCUUGAUGACAUGGCAACUCGUAUUCUAGCCGCCUGGUAUUUUCUCGCCCAAGAUACAAACUAUCCUGCUGUGACCGGCUGGACUUCCUGGAAUGGCGGAGUCGGCGGACCUAAUGUUUCUUCAACCCAUAAUACCGUUGCACGAGCCAUUGCUCGCGAUGGGAUUGUUCUAUUGAAGAAUACCAAUAAUGCACUGCCGCUUAAGAAACCGGUUAGUUUGGCAUUGAUUGGUCAAGAUGCUAUUGUAAAUCCAGCUGGGGCGAAUGCAUGUAUCGAUAGAGGUUGUGAUGUUGGAACUUUAGCUAUGGGUUGGGGCUCCGGAACAGCCGACUUCCCAUAUUUAGUUGCGCCAUAUGAUGCACUAAAAGUCAAGGCUGCUGCAGAUGGCACGACCUUAACUCUUUCAAAUACAGAUUCGACAUCAACAGGAGCUUCAGUAGCAAGUGCUGCUGCGACAGCUAUCGUGUUUAUCAAUUCAGACGCAGGCGAGGAAUAUAUCACUGUCGAAGGAGCAAAAGGCGACCGCAUAAAUCUCGAUCCUUGGCACUCGGGCAACGCACUCGUCGCCGCGGUCGCCGCCGUCAACAAAAACACAAUCGUCGUAAUCCAUAGCGUCGGCCCCCUGAUUCUCGAAAGCAUCCUCGCUCUCCCCAACGUCAUCGCCAUCGUCUGGGCCGGUCUCCCGGGUCAAGAAUCCGGAAACGCGCUCGUGGAUAUCCUAUACGGUUCUGUGUCUCCGUCGGGAAAACUCCCUUACACCAUCGCGAAGACGCAAGCAGAUUAUGGUACCGCGAUUGCGAGUGGCGAUGAUAGUUAUGCCGAGGGAUUGUUUAUCGAUUACAGACAUUUCGAUCAGAGUUCUAUUGUGCCGCGUUAUGAAUUCGGGUUCGGGUUGAGUUAUACUACAUUUUCAUAUUCCAAUCUCGUUCUCUCGUCCAUUUCUACAACCCCUGGAAAUAGCGGCAUUCUGCCCGGAGGGAAAGCCAAUCUCUACGACUCCAUCGCUACCGUCUCCGUAUCGGUCACAAACAACGGUACCAUCCCCGGCGCAGAAGUAGCACAGCUGUACAUUGGAUUCCCAAACUCCAUCCCAAACACCCCCCCGAAACAACUCCGCGGGUUCAAAAAAGUCAAUCUCGCAGCCGGCGUCGCAAACAGCAUCACAUUUUCGCUGCGAAGGAAAGAUUUAAGUUACUGGGACACGACGACUCAAUCGUGGAUUUUACCUUCUGGAACUUUUAACGUAUAUGUAGGAAGUAGUAGUCGCGAUAUUCGCUUAAGUGGAACCUUUUUGAGUUCUGGCGCGGGCUCUGGAUCUCCUUCUUCUACUUCUUCUUCUUCCAUUUCGUCAAGUACGAUGACUUCUUUAUCGUCUACGUCUCUCACAACGUCGAUAUCGGUGCCGACUCUCACGACGAAAACUAGCACGACUAGUAUCGCCAGCGCAACGACUUCUGCGACUGGGGCUCUGCAAACUCUCUAUGGACAGUGCGGAGGAAAUGGAUAUACUGGACCGACGGUGUGUGCAAGCGGGAGUUGUAAAGUCAGUAAUGCGUAUUAUAGUCAAUGUUUACCUUGAUGAUGGUUGGAAGUUUGGGGUGAAGGGAGAGAAGGAGAAGAGGAAGAGGAAGAGGAAGAGGGGGUGGAAUGGAGAUGGGGAUGGGGA